UGAUUGUGUUUGACGGCUCAACAUUUAACCAACCAUUUGCAGUUUCUGCUGCUUACUGCUUGAAAUGUCGCGAAUAAUAAAACUUUUUACAACGAUCAGAAACAAUUGGAAAAAAUCAGUUGUCGGCGCUGCAGCGUUUACGUAUGGAGUCAACUAUGGAAUCGAAUCUUACGAUACUGAACAAUUAAUGAGAGAAUACUGUGAGGAGGCAGCAAAAUUUGGAGCUCAACCACUUCGAACAAGUAUCCCACCUCGUCACGUAACAGUGAUUUUGAAUCCAGUUGCAAAAAAAAGGAAAGCAAAAAAGUUGUUCGAGAAGUACUGUGAACCUUUGUUGCAUCUCGCUGGAAUUUCGGUGACCAUAAUACAGACGGAGAGCGAAGGUCAAGCACGAAGCUUGAUUGAAAAUCUAGAAACCCCAACAGACGCGAUAAUCGUUGCUGGUGGAGAUGGAACGCUGGCAGACGUUGUCACCGGCUUAAUGAGAAAGUAUAGCACAAAUUUAGGAAAUGUUAAAAAAUGUCCUAUUGGUGUUUUGCCACUGGGACAAACAAACAGACUUGCAGAUUCACUUUUUGAAGAUUAUAACGAAUUGGCUGAUGUUCAUAAGAUGGCUGAUGCCACAAUGGCUGUUGUCAGGGGAGCAACAAAAGCUAUUGAUGCUGUUGAAGUUCAACCACUCGAAAAAGAUCCAGAGAAUGACAUAAAGCCUGUUUAUGCAGUUGGAAUAAUCGAAUGGGGUGCUUGGAGAGAUGCAGAAUCUCGAGUAAACAAAUACUGGUAUUGGGGCUACUUGAGGAAAUACGUAACUUAUAUUUUCACUGGUUACAAAAAAGACGUCAAUUGGGAUUGCAAUGCAACAGUACGGUAUUCUGAACCUUGUCACGGUUGCUCUCGAUGUUACAAAGAGUUGCAUUCAACUGAGGAAACAAAUACUACUAGAAGAUGGUGGCAAGCAUUUCUUCCAAGAAAAGUAGUGCAUGCCACUGGUCCGGAUUACAGUAAAAUAGUAAACGAUAAGUGUGGUGAGCUGCACGAACUUCCGAUAUCUGCAACAGAAUUGCAUUUGACGACGGACAAUAUAGAAAAUGUUGAUCCUCACACUCCACCGUCGAUAAAAUUACAAUUAGGUCCAGAAACAAUAAGUUAUACUGAUUUCAUCGCCGAAGGAUGGAGACGAGUUCGUGGUGAUAAUAAACCGACUCUGAAUGAAGCUUUGAGGGCGAAACAAAUCGAGCUAAUUCCCAACAAAGCGGAGAAUUUCGGAGACAAAGAACAAAUGUUUUCGAUCGACAACGACGAGUUCGAGCUGAAGCCUCUCAAAAUACGAUUACUUUCAAAGGCUGUAACAAUAUUUUGUUCACAAUUAGAAAGUUAGUGUUUAUGAUAAAAAUAUAAUUAUUUUAUUGAA